UUUUUAGGGCGGGUUUAGUUUGCGGAUACGGAAGCGGAAGGAGCUAUGUUUUGAAAGCAUUGUCAGAAGUUUAGAAAGUUACGAAAAAGGGACUUGUUGAACUAACUUUACAUGACAUUAUUUACAUAGGGCAGUGAUACUAUUAAAAUACAUCCUAAUUCUAUUUUAACAACGUGCGUGUCACUAAUUGAAGGAAGGCAGUUUGGGAGAGGAAACUAACUUCGCUACGUUGAUAUCUAGCGUGUGUUUUGACAACUAGUUCAACGUUUUUGAGUUGUAAUUACUUGACUUUUACCAAGAUGGACAUACAACACCGGCAGCGUCCGGUCAAACCGGACCAGAGUUUUUGGGACAACCGAAGACUGUGGACCGCAAGGAUUUUCUCCAUGCUCUGCUGUGCAAUGGUGAUGUCGGUCGUUGCAGUAUUCUGCGCCUUUGUUUACCUCAUCUUGAAAGAGAUGCAGAAUGAGAGAGUGAUUGGAGAGGAUGGCUCAGAGGUUAGACUCCUAGGGUUCUGGAGUGUUCUGGUCAUGUCGGUGCUAGCAGGGUUCUGCUGCUGUAGCUUCACAUGGACCAUCACCUACUUUGACUCUUUUGAGCCCAGCACGUUCCUCCCAACGCCCCUGUCCCCUGGCCACCUCAGGCAGGUGACAGGUCACUCCUUCCACAUGAGCUACAGUGUGGCGGUCCUAAAUGGCAUUGUAGCGGCCAUCACCAUCAUCUGGAGCCUUACCUGACCUUACCCACAACCCCCUGUUCUACCUGACCUUACCCACAACCCCCUGUUCUACCUGACCUUACCCACAAACCCCUGUUCUACCUGACCUUACCCACAAACCCCUGUUCUACCUGACCUUACCCACAAACCCCUGUUCUACCUGACCUUACC